AUGAAGCCUGUGUACGGGCCGGUGCGCCCCCCAAAGUGGCCUCGAGGCCCCACGAACGAGUUGCACAACGCUGCAGGCAGCGGUUGCAUUCCGCAUACAGCGGCGCUGCUCUCAGGAGAUCAAGAGUUCUCGCAUAAAGGACAUGGCUGUUGUGCUAAACACAAAACCGGAGUUUCGGCUGGGGAGAUAGAUAUCAACGAGGGUGAUGAAACGGGCACGACACCUCUCAUCUACGCCGCUCAGGGAGGUUACCCACGAGUCGUCCGGAUGCUCCUUCAAGCCGGGGCAAACGUCGCAGUGGAGGCAGACACCAUGUAUACGGCCCUCCACGGUUCUACCGUGACCGGACGCCAAGACGUGGCUCAGAUGCUGAUCGACGCCGGGGCCAAUGUGGAUGCCGGGAACGAGGAUGGCAUGACACCAUUGAUGUUUGCUGCGACGGACGGAAAAUUGGCCGUCGCGAAAGUGUUCAUCGCGGCGGGAGCAAAGGUUGACGCCCGUUCGGCCAACGAGGAAACCGCGUUGUGUCGUGCUGCACAAGGGGGGCACGUGGACAUGGUCAAGCUGCUCCUUGCUGCUAAAGCAAACCCAACGCUAGGGUCGAUGAACACGAGGAUGGAUGGCCUUAAAUGGGUAUGCUUGCCGUUGGACGCUGCGUCGGAACGCGGGCACGAGUCGGUGGUGCGAGAGCUGCUGAAUCUCGGGCUGAAGGCAUGCGGCGGCCCUAGUCGCGGCAGGGAUGCGCUCUUUAUGGCCGCACAGGAUAACCGCGUAGGAGUGCUGACCAUGUUGAGGGAUGCGGGAGUAGUGGAUAGGGGCAAGGCCAUCGUCGCGGCGGCUGGCUUUGGCCGCGAGGCAUCCGUCAGGUUCCUUUUGAAGCAGGAACGGGCUACGACUCGGAUCGAUUACGCCAACACCCGUGACGAGGCUGGCCGCACCUUGUUCUAUCGUGCCGCUUGGGGCGCGUAUCCGAGGAUCGGUCGGUGGCUUCUUGAUGCCGGAGCGGACGAGACGCUGACGUCCGUGGUACAGCCUUUCCUGCGUUAUGAUAAUAUGCGUUUUGAGGACACAGCCCUGAAACUCGUCCUCCGGAGCCUCAGUUCAAAGCAAUACCGCUUCGAGCCCGCCACGGACGACCAGAUGCUCCGGCUGCAAGCAUUCCGCCGCUUGCUUUUACAGAUAGACGCAGUUCGUGCGAUCUCUUGGCCGUGGCCUAUCCCUGUCCCCUCCAUACCCCAGGGUGUGAGCGGUGGGACCGUGGCAACAUCAAAACCUGUGAAGUUAAUGCCAACCAAGUGGAGACGAACAGGAAGCCGUCAUGUGCUCGCGGCGCAACUCUUCAGGUUGGUGCUCCUGCUGCCAAACCGAUGCCCACCUCUUUCUCCUUUCCUUCGUCGAAUCGCUCCGCUUGGUAUUCCAGUUGUAGCUUAA